UACACCUUAAGGACAAAGAAACGAGUUGGAAAGAUAAAGCAAUUUUACACUGUGUGGUGCGGACUCUGCAGUGGAUAAGAAUGACAGUGGUGCUUCUCUUUCUGGACAUGAUGAUGUUGAUGGGUCACAUGAUCUCUGCUUCACCUAAGGAAACCACUAAGAGAGUUUACAAAGAUGAUAUGGGAAGGGAAUGUCAGCUGUGUCCUCCAGGGUUUUAUCAGUCAGACUGUGACAGCUGCUCCCCCUGCCCUUCUGACUCCUACACUAAUGACUGGAACAGAGAGGACACCUGCUUUGACUGCUAUAGGGACUGCAGAGAUGAGUUUAACCUGCAGGUGGUGCAGGAGUGCAAUUCUAAGUCUGACCUGAAGUGCAGCUGCAAGGAUGGUUUUACCUGCACAGAGUUUGAGGAAACGUCAAGCCACUGCAUGUACUGCGUCUUGAACACUCCUUCGACUUCGCCACCUGUUAUAAAGCGCCAGACAGAGACAUCCUACACAUCUGCUGUCGUUCUCAAUGUGUCCUCAGGAAACUUCGACACCCGCACCAAACCUGCACCCCAGAUCUCUCCAGGGAAUUCAUCUCAUGACACUUACAACACAGGUGGCCACCACCAGGUGUGGUACCUCAUCCUGGUUGUAGGAGUGGUGAUGACGGUGGUAGCAGUUACUGCUAUCUACUUGAUCUGGAAGCACGGGAGAGAGGCGUGUCUGAAACGAUUUGUUAAGCAGUGUUCUCAUGACCGCCACAAGGGAGAAAAUGACACUACUGCCCACAAAACUAGAGAAGCUGGACAGCUUUUUCCCAAAGAAACCCAUUGGAUUGCAGACCCAUUGACCAAUCCCAAACUGGACUGCCACAUUGAUUUGCCAGUCAGCACAGACCAACCCCCAAAAGCCACUGGAAAUUUAGGUCCAUUUCACAUAUACAGUGCAGGGACAGUCUUUGUCAGUCUUCUGAACCAAGUUACUAAUUCAGAAAGAGAAAGGGAAGGAGAAAAAAUGGCACAGAGCCAGAACAGGGAGGGACACAGCCCACCCCCUGCCCCGCCUUCUCCGCCCGUCCCUCUGUCUGAGGAAGAGAGGAAUGGAGAGGAAGUCUCCAUUUUCUUUCCAUCGCAAGAACAAGGGAAAGAGAGUCACUUGUCAAAAGAAGAGGUUAUGUGAGGGAAUGACUUAAAACCCCUGUUGUAUGUGACUAUCCAUUUAACAAUAUAUUUAUUUCUCUUG